AUGGGAUUUGUGCAGAAACAGCCCGAGGGCCCACCUCGAGGCAAACAAUUUUCGCGCAUCAGAGUACUCCUUGUCUCGUGCGUUUUCGCAUUGGCUGUCCUAUUCAACGUGCAACAAUGGAUAUUUCCUGCUCAAAUCAAGGAAGAUGAGCAGACACAAUCAAUCUUGGACGAGCCCUCCGAAUUUGCAUGGCACUAUAUCACGCCCACAACGAAUCUAAAAUACUAUCCCUGUUUUGGCAAGUAUCAAUGUGCUCGGUUGGAACUUCCAAUGAACUGGAAUCGAACGGAUGGCGGCGGCGAGAAGAUUGCUCUGGCUAUCAUCAAGCUCCCAGCCAGAGUGCCCGUCACCGAUAAACGGUACGGAGGGCCUAUUUUGACCAAUCCAGGCGGACCGGGUGGUUCGGGCGUGUCCUUCCUCUUCGGACGAGGCCAACAGAUCCAGAGUAUUGUCGACUUCACCACUGAUCAACCAGAAGCUGAUAGCGAGCUCGGAAAGUAUUUUGAUAUAAUUAGUUUUGACCCUCGAGGUGUUAAUAAUACCACACCGACCUGGUCAUGCUAUCCAGACGCCCAAUCUCGGUAUGAGGCUAGAUUGCAGGAAGAAGCAGAAGGUAUCAUAGGUAGCUCGGAUAAUGCAAUUCACCAAGCCUGGGCUCGCAAUAUGGCUUUUGGCGCAGGAUGCGCGAAAUCAAAAUCAGGGCCAGAGUGGUUGGGUAAUUUUAUGAACACAUCUCCCGUUGUUUUGGAUAUGGUUGAAUUCAUCGAACGACAUGGGGAAUGGCGUGAAGCUGAAACUGAAAGAUUACUAUCGCAGAAAACUCAUCAAUUAAGUUCCAGUGAUGCAGUGGAAGCCGUCAGGAGACGGAAUAUCUGGAAAAGAGGAGAAGAGAAACUUUUGUAUUGGGGUUUCUCCUACGGAAGUGUUCUUGGAAUGACCUUUGCGGCAAUGGAACCUCAUAGGAUUGGACGCGCCGCCAUAGAUGCUGUCUGCAAUGCCACUGAUUAUUAUACUGGUUCCUGGCUUUCUAACCUGCAAAACACUGAUGCUGUCAUGGACAAGUUCUUUGAGUAUUGCCAUGAAGCAGGUCCCGAAGGUUGCCCGUUUGCAAUAGGUCAAACGGCAAAAGAACUCAAAGAAAAAUUCGAAGACAUACUCGCUUCACUUAAGAAGGAACCAAUUAUGGUUCUUGGAACUUCUGAUCAAGCGCCGGAUGUUGUCACUUAUAGUGAUCUUAACCGUCUGGUGGCCGAAACCGUAUAUUUCCCAUAUCAAUACUUUGAGCUCUUAGCCAAGGUUCUGGCGGAGGCAGCGCAGAGGAACGGAACAUCAUUAUUGGAGGUGAAGCGACAAGGCCACAAGAGCUGGUUACCAUCUUCUUCUGACUGUGAAAAAGAUGCCAGCGGAAAAGACUGUCAUAGCGUUGACCACGAGGCGGGGAUUGGAAUUGCUGGUACGGAUGUGCUCAACGUCAAGAAUAUCAGCAAAGCUUCCUUUUUUGAAUAUCGGGAAACGCUGAAUAAUCAAAGCAAGGUGUUGGGGGACAUGUGGUCCUCUAUUGCACUCUCAUAUUUAGGAUUUAAGGAGAGACCGGCAUGGCGGUUUGACGGUGAGAUUGGUGGUCAGACAGCGCAUCCGUUGUUGUUCAUAGGAAACACACGGGAUCCUGUGACUCCUCUGAGCAAUGCGCACUUGAUGUCCGGCUUUUUCCCAAAUUCAGCUGUCCUCGAGCAGCGUUCUGAGGGUCAUGGUUCAAUCAGUGCGCCAUCCCUGUGUACGGCCAAGAACGUUCGAAGAUAUUUCCAGAACGGAGAGCUACCGAGCACAGGCACAGUAUGCGAGGUGGAUGAACUCCCGUUCCACCUUGGCCAGGGCAGUUAUCAGGAUCAAUCACUGUCAUCUGCGGAUGAAGAUAUGUUGAGAACAGCUUUGCGUACACUCAGCAGAGAGCCGAGUGUUUUCAAACCCUUGUUCUAG